AGUUAUUACUAUCCACAAUUAUUAUUAAAAUAAAAAUUAAAGUAAAUAGUUAAUAAUAGUUCAUGCCGUUCAUGGUAUUAAUUAUAUUAUUAUAAUAUUACACAUUUAUGUGGAGUAUGUAGUACUAUGGACUAAGUAAGACUUAUAUAUUACAAUAAGAAACAAUAAUUGUCGGGUAAUUAUUAAGAAUUCAAAUAAAAUUACGAACUUGAGUCUUGAACUAAUAAGAAUUAUAUAUAAUUAUAUUUUAAACAUUUGUUGUAUAAUGUCCAGAAAUUGUUUUGUUCCUCAUUGUCAUGAGGGUUACAAAUCCCAAAUUAAAAAAAACAAAUUACUUGGAAUAAAACAUAAAACAAUGUUUAAAGCACCGAAGGAUGUACUUCUUCUGGAGAAAUGGUCUAAAGCAAUUCAACGAACUGAUAGAGAAUUACGUCCUGGGAUUGAUAGUGUAUGUGAAAAACAUUUUGAUGAAGCUUAUGUAUCUAGAUAUUUUGAAACUAAGAUGCCCGAUGGGUCAAUUAAUCGGAUAGAAAGGGGUAGAUUAUCAUUAAAAAAAAAUGCGGUUCCAUCAAUAUUUCCAGAUUUACCACAGAAUUUAACCAUUAUUGAACCAAUUAAAAAAACUAAGCUGAAUAAUGUUUCAAGUACAAUUGAUAAUAUAUCUGAAACUUAUAAUUAUUUAAAAGAUGCAUUAAAAAAUAUGAAUUUACCAACUGAAUGGUUUUUUUGCUGUGCACAUAGUUCAUUGUUAUUAGGUUAUUUAGAUUCUAAUUAUGAACUAAUAAAAAAAAUUAUAAUUUCAAGUAAUGACCUAAAUUUAAAGGUAUUUAUUAAAAAUAAUCAAGUAAACAUAACACAGACACUUGUUACAUGUAUUGAUGAUAUUAAGAAAAUUUUAAAAACUGUUGAUGAUAUUAAAGUGUGCACCGAAACAGGAAUUGAUAAUUGUACAAAAUCUGAUCAAUGUUGUGUCGAAUGCCCUAAUGAAAGGAAAUUUAAUAUGGAUAUUCAAGGAUUACGUAAAAAAAAGAAUAACAGAAAACCAACUACAAACAUUUUUAUAAAGAAUGUUUAUUGUAAUAAACAGCGUAAUAUAAAGUUUGUUUAGUUAAAAAGGUCAACCAGGGAAAGUGGAGAAAUGGGAUUAAAGAUAGAAAAAGUUAGGGCAAAAUUAACUUGGUAAAGUUAAAUUAAUUAGAACAACUAAAUGUGAUAUUAAUUAAUUAAAAUUUUAUUUUUUUUUAUCCAUGGUAUGUAAAUAGAUACUUAAAAUAAUAAAAUAUUUAUUUUUUUGUAUCUUAAAACUAGUUUUUGAAACAAACAAAAAAAUAAAAAUGAAUUAGUUAUUUACUUACACAUUUGUUAACAAUAAUUUGAUAAAUUUGUUUAUAAUAAGUUUACAGUAUUUUUAUAAAGUAACUAAUUAAGUAAAAAAAAUAUACUAAUGUAACUUAGUAAUUAUUUAAUGUACAUCCUUUAAAUAGCAUUAAAUUAUAUACUGUCAAUUGGGGAAACUUCUUUGCUCAUCACUCAACUUCUUCAGUCUCAACUCAAAAUUUAAAAUUCUCCAUAGCAAAAAAAAAAAUGUAUUCACUAUAAACUGUAUAAAUAAUAAGAAUAAAUUAAUAAUUAAAUUAUAAAUCUGUACUGUAUGAUAUCGAUUAGUAUAAAUGCAUGUAAUAAGUGUUAUUACUUAUAUUAUAUUAUUAUAUUUUAUAGACAUAAUUUGAUAUAUAAAAAUAAAACUGUUUUAGUUAUUUUUAUUGUAAUUAAAGUAUUAUUUGUUGGAA